GUUCAUUUUCAAGGGCGUGGUUCCCUCCUUCGUUUCCUAGCGAUGAUAUGGACUGCUCCCACUGACUCUAACAACACCGAGGGGGCCAGUAAUGGACUACUCAUUACUGAAGUGACUCAGGUCAGAGCUCUAAGGAUAGCUAGGGCUUACCUUCACUCACUGGAUCAUGACGCCACUAUUGCCAUGCUCUCAGCAUACUGUCCAGUUGUCUCCUCACUAUUGCUCCCAUUGUCGAGUCCUAAUACUCUCAUUCGUAAAGGAGCCUAUCACUGCAUUGAAGCACUCUACAGCUCAGCCACUGUCUCACAGCCAGAGGACAAACUAACCCAAAUCUACUCCUCAUGCCCUCUCCUUCAUCUACUGGACUACCUCACCACAUGUAAAGUAUCAAUAACUACUGACCCCAUUGGACUCCAGUUAGUAUUACAGUCACUCUAUAGCAGUACUGAGGAUGGGAAUAGGAGGGGGACAUUCCCAAGGCUGGCUCCGCCCGAUGUUCCGCCGAGUGCUAAAAAGAGGCGUGGCAAAAAGGCGGAGUCUCUCGAGGAAGGGGAGAGGGUCCGUGAAGCGAUUGUAGAGUCUUUGUUGUUGAUGAUAGUUGGACUGGAGAGAGGACCUUUGUAUAUGAUCAAUCAGUUAUUGAGUAUACUAUCAGGAGUUGAUAUUAAGUGUAAGUUAAGUGGGUUGUUGAAGCUGAUGAAAGAGUUGAUCCAAAAAGUGAAGGAACACGAUGAACAUACAAUGGACACAAACAAAGAAU